AGCUGUACUGCCGGAUGUGCCGCCGGGCGGGCUGCGGCCAGUGCGUGUCCGAGGAGCACCAGGGCAUCUUCCACGCCGUCAAUCUCCUGGACACCGUGUACCAGGAGGAGAAGUUAGCCUUCUUUAGCAGCCUGAAGAAACUGAGAGUAAUUAAUGAGAAUCUGGUGAAGGAAUUAUCAAGUUGUCCAAAAGAUGCUGAGACCUUGAACAAAGAAGCAGAGAUAAUUAUGUUGGCAUUUGAAGACAUUUUCAAAACUCUGGAAAUGAGAAAAAAAGAAUUGCUAGAAGACAUUGAAAGUCAGAGAAAUCAGAAAGAGAAAGAAUAUCAAAUUUGGAAGAAAAUGAAGGAAACUAACAAGAAAACCAUUGAAAGUUUUCUGAAGGAUUGCGAAAAACUUGUUGAUGAAUGUGAUCCUGAGCAUUUCCUUGAGGUGGCAUGUGGCUUGAAUAAAAGAAUGAAAACUCAGCUAGACCUGAUGCACAUAGCAUCUAGCUAUGAAAAGGUGCCGGAGUCUACCCAAAAGCAAAUGGAUAUCAAAUCUGUUGUUAAUGAAAUCUUGGCCUUGCAGUUGACUUUGGGUGAUUCAUGCAUUGUUAAAGAAAUUAUUUCUGAAGGAAAUGAAAGUUUAACUGAAAACGUAUGUAAAAAUAGUGCAAAACAUUGCAAAGAUCAGAAAAACAUACACAACGUGUUUUAUCCUGUAGUGGGACAUGAGGAAACUUUGACUGGUGGUGGUAAUGUCUGUACCCACUUAAUGUCAAUAUCAGGCAUGUCAACAUUUCAGAACAUGAGUCAUGAGGAAGUACGUUAUAACUAUUAUAUGGUUCAUCAGAAAUCAGAUAUGUUGAAGACACAAACUUCACCUGCAAAUACAAAGUGCAUAUUUGCAAACAAUGAUUCAGCAGUCUCCCUUCUGUCCUCAUCUCCCAAAGUGAAAGAGGCACAGAGAAUAAAAACACAAAAAUUACAAAAAGGAAGUUUUAGUAACACUAGUUUUUCCAAUUCCAGUAGUUGCAGUUUCAGCUUUCUACCUAUGAACUGGAAUUUCUCUGAAUUAAACAGUGACUUGAAGUUAUUUAAUGGAACAAGAUCUCCAGAAGUAAGCAAACUAACCUCCUCAACAGAAAAUUCUAGUGACUUGCUAAUUAAAAACCAAGUAAAUGUGGCUCAAACAUCACGGGUUCCUAUUUCUAUGAAAACGCUAACAAAUCCUGGCACUUCACCUGGCUUAUUAAAAUCAGCAACAAAACCAAUUACUGUUUCAAAUUCAACCUUUUUAGGUGCUUCUGCAGAGAGCCUUUUAGCUCCACAUUUUAUCCCCAAUUUAGGUAUUAAUUCAGCAUUACCCAAUUUAAUUAACACUGCAGAUACAUAUUCUUUCAAUAAUUUGGGUUUCCCCAGUUUUUUUAUGGGAAGAUGUGAUACUCAAGAUAAAAUGGAUAAACAAAAUGGAAAUUAUACAGAGCUUAACUUUUCAGCUUUAACUGAUACUAAAGCUUCUUCUGCCUCUACAAGUCCUAAACUAGAGUCAGCAGAAAAUAGAAAGCCAGCUUUUUCAUUUACCUUUAGUAAUUUAGAAAGAGAUUGUUUUACAGUCUCUAAAUUGAGCAAUUCAUUGAAGAUUUCACCAUUUUCCAGCUUAUCUGAAAAGCCAACUGAACAAAGUACAAUAUUUCAAACAGGAAAUGAGACUGUCUCUGUAAGCAAAGACAUAGAAUGUAACUGGCUAAAAUCUCCUACAGUUGUCCUGCAGGAGCCAAGUGCCAGUACCUCAAAUUGCACUGCUGCUACAGGUGGCAAAAUAUAUAGUGGUGCAACUGAGAAGAAAAAUGUUUCCAAGACCCAGUCUCUCCCCUAUAAUGACAUAUUUUCCUUCUCAUCAAAUAAUUGUAUUCCAGAAUGUAAAUCUUCACCUGUAACCUCAUUUGAAGGCACUUUCAAAAGUACCUCUUCUUCAAUGUUGCUUUUAUCUAAUAAUGAAAGUGAAGAAAUGAAAGUAGAAUCAAUUGACAAAGCUCAUUCGGUUCUAGAAAAACCUACACUUCUUGCAUGUACAGAGGUCAUGUCUGAACUUACAAAUCCAAAGAGUAGCAAUUCUUUUUCUUUGGAUGUGUCUAUGAAGACUGAAUCUAAAGACACUCUUGCUCAACAAAAGUCUUUCUGUGAUCCAGCUGUAGUCAGCUCCCUAUUUUUAGAUGUCCUUCCUAGUAAAGAAAGCAUUAUAUUUUCCACUGAUCCUGGUGUUGCAUCAACUAAACCUAAUACAGAUGUGAAAGUUGAAGACAAUAUAAAUAUUGCUGAAACCUCUGAGUCACACCGAGAUUUAGAAGAGAUUUCUAGGAAGCAAGAUGAACGUGAGACUCUGUUACAGAAUGCAGCUUGUAUUACUCCCGUGACUUGUGAUCAAACGUUUUUAGAGGGCUCAGCACAAGCAGUAGGUAAAGAAGAUGAAAUACUAAAUAAUUCAGACUCUGACAUAGAAGAGUUAAGUCAAACAUCUAUGUUAAGUGACUGUAGCAGUGCAUCGGAAUAUUUUUCUGUCUCAGAAGACAAAAUAUCAGCUAGUGAAAAACCAAGUACUUGCACCAUUGAGAAUGAAAUGGAAGAGAAUUCCCUUCAAGGGACAUCCGUGGCCCUGCUGGACAAUAGAUACUGCCGGACCAGAGAGUGCCGAUUUUUGGAGGUAUAUCCUGUAGUGAACUUUUGCAUGAUGAGCACAGAUUUCCAUUUAAAGAACAAAUCAAGUGUUGUGGAAAAUUCAAAAAUAUACAUAAAACAAAGGACAGAAAAUUAAAUGUACAUCCAUUCAGAACACUUAUUCAGAAAUGUAAAUGAAUUUUCAAGAAACAUUGGUCUUAACACAGAUUUGUUCAUCAUAACACAUUUAUCAUGGUCUGUUGAACCUAUGUUGUAUAUUAUGCAUCUCCAGAUGUUUAGCUUAGUGAAAUGUGCCUCUUUUUCUCUGAAAGGAUAUAUUCUAAAGCCAGCAACCUGCUAAAAUUGAACUAGAAUAAAGUAUGUCUUUAAAAGACAAAUAUCUAGAUUUGAAAAAGUGUUCAUUCUGACCUUGGGUUAUAUAUAUUGAAUAUAAUCAAGUGUGGCAAGUAUUUUCUGUAAUAGUUCCUAGAUGACCAGAAAAGUGUGUGUUUACUGUGUAAAAGUUUAUAAGUAUAACAUUUCAUGCAAACAGAGUAUCUAAAAACGAUUUGUUUUUAGUCACAACUUCAGCCAGUAAGCAUGUAUUUGGAUACGUCCUCUUCUGAUUAGUUUCCUCUGGUGGUGGUAGUGGUGUUUACUGACUUCUAUAAAAGAAGCAAGUAUUUAAUGUAUUAUGAGAGGCAGAAUUUUAAUUACAGCAGUUGUCAGUGAUUAGGCAGAGACUAUCAAGUUUUAUUUAUUAGGAAUGUCAACGUAUAGCCGAUUAAACGAUUAACCAAUAAAUCUGGUUAAUCCUAUUGAUGAUACGCACUCUCCUCCCCCUACUGUCUACACUGCAAAACAAACCCAUCUACACUGCUUGUUUUUGUGCAAAAACAUCUUGCACAAAAAGCAUCAGCAGAGAUAUGCAAAUGACAGCGCACAAAUGCUAAUUAGCGCAUCAUUAGCAUACUCUCUCCUGACAUACCUACAGUGUAGAUGUAGCUUGAGAGAUUAGCUUAGCUUUUUGAGGGCUGAGAGAUCCACAUCGAUUAGAGAGAUGUAGCCAUAUUGACCUUAACCCCUGGUUACUUGCAGAGAGAUGAAUUACCUGUACUGAUAGGCUGCACCUCUCAUGGGUGUAGGUAGUGCCCACACUGAAGCACUACAGCAGCACAGUGUAUGUGUGCAAACCCUUAGAGCUUAUUUUUAUAUUAUUGGCUCAAGUCAUAUUUUUCCUAUCACAUUUAAAUAUGGUACUAAGUGUAUUAGCUGGUAUGGCCUUCCCACAAGUUAGUAUGUGUCAAGUAGCUGUUUUCAUAAUCAGGUACCAGUUGAUCUUUACUUUACUAUGCACAUUAGCAGUAAUUGUUCAUGUGCUGCUUGUAACUGGCUUCACUUUUUUUAGUGCAUAUCUUGAGCGGGAUUUUGAAAAAUCCACACAAGAUUGAACUGCUAUCCUUGUAGUCACUGAGGCUCCUAUUUAUUUCACUUGUUGCAGUAGCAGGCCAAUUACUGAGUCCUUUUGAAAAUCCCACACUAGAGCACCAUUAAUUGAGAAUUAGUGAUCCAGAUCCUUUAGUGCCUUGAAAAAUCUCACUCUGAAGCUUUAAUAAUAAAAUCUGCACUUCCUAGUACUCUGAAAUUAUUGAAAAGAAACGGAAUGGUCUGCAGCCUAAAGAGUGCAAGAGUUAGUGGUGAUUCCUAGAGCUUUA